AAAAUUAUUUGCUUAAAUGAUGGUAAAGGCAUAGUUAAGUGCCUUCAUGUUUCAGUAACUAUUGAGUUGCAUGCACCAACCAGUUCAACCUAAAAGCUUAAGCUGAUAGGGAAAGGUGGGCAAUUCACUUAUACUUCAACACUCCCCCUCACGGGCAGGCUCGCUCAAACCGCAUAUGGAAAUUGGAAUGGGCUGCAAUUAUUUUAUUUUAAUCAUGCCCGCUAGGAUUCGAACUCGAGACCUCUGGCCCUGAUACCAUAUUGAUUUGCAUGCACCAACCAGUUCAACCCAAAAGCUUAAGCUGAUAGAGAAAGGUGGGCAAUUCACUUAUAAUCCAACAGUAACACCUAUCACCGAAUAUAUUUCUUCUUAGCCAAAUGAAACCUGAUCCAAAUGCUUUGCCCUUGUAUGCAUACCUCCAAAAAUAGUAAACAGAAAAGUUGCCUUGAUAACAAUACCAGGCUCACUCCAGUCGGGUUAGGAAGAUAAGGCCCAUUUAUAUUGAAAAUAGUUAAAGAAAAAAUUGCCUUGCGCCAAAAUUUCAGAAAGACACGCUUUUUCUGUAUUGUAACUUCGUAAGAUUUAUUUUUUUAGCAUACGAGGGAUGGGUGUUCUGAUGUUACAAUUCAAAUAGAAAAAUAGAUUUAUCAGUUGUGUUCCUGUUCAGCAGAAAAUGGAUUCCAUGAAUUGAAAAUGUGCACAUAAGAGAGGUGUACAAAUACAUUCUAUGAUUGGGUUUGCUUGACAAAAUUACAAUGCUUGAUCUGUUCCAAUAAUGUAACUCGAAUCAUGAAGAAUGAUCAUCUUGCCCCUGGCUAAGGGUGAAGAAAAGAAUAAUAGAUAAACUUAUGAUAUGUCAUCAGAGAGGAUGACAUGGCUGUACGAUUUAAAACCAGCAUAAGAUUUGGCCAAAAGAGGCCUAGAUAAGAUAAAAGAAACACGAGAACAUAUUCUUUAAUUGUGUUUUCUGGAAUUGUAUAAAAUCAAAUCCCACAUUACAAGGAAUUUUCUGACUCCAACCGUUCAAUAUAAAGCAAUUCUGGAAAAAAAAAAGAUCAUUAUCUUAUCUUCAGAAAAAAAAAAGAGGAUGGUGGGUGGAAAAGAAGAGGAAGCACUUAUUCUCGAGCUAGUGCUCUGUCUGCAAGUCAGCUAGUAUGCCGAGAAGCUUUAGAAGGGUCAGCUUGGCAAUAAAGAGGACCAUCCCUCCUUUCUAAGCGUCAAGAACGAAGUCAAGGCGACGAAAGAAACGAGUAAUUAAGCUGAAGACUAUUGUUCCUCCAUCUGGAUCAACUCCUCGGAGGUAAGGAAUAUAUUUUGAAUUCACGAGGAAUGAAUUUGUUUACAUGUCAAUGGAGACCUUCAAACUAUGAACCGAAAGCCCUCAUAUUUCUAUGCCAUGGAUACGCUAUGGAAUGCAGCAUUUCAAUGAGAGGCACAGGUGCUAGGUUGGCGCAUGCAGGAUUUGCUGUGCAUGGAAUGGAUUAUGAAGGCCAUGGAAAGUCCUCUGGACUUCAGGGUUAUAUUACAAGUUUCAAUGACAUUGUAGUUGAUUGCUCGAAGUACUUUGCAAGUGUUUGUGAGAAAGUAGAGUACAAGAACCAAAAGAGAUUCUUGCUUGGAGAAUCCAUGGGGGGAGCUGUUGUGCUUAUGCUUCAUAGGAAGGAACCUACUUAUUGGGAUGGGGCCAUUUUAGUUGCUCCAAUGUGCAAGAUUGUAGAAGAUAUGAAGCCUCACCCCAUUGUGAUUUCUAUUCUAAGCAAGCUCAGCAAUGUGAUCCCUACAUGGAGAAUCAUCCCCAAUGAAGAUAUCAUUGAUAGGGCGAUUAAAAGCGAGGAAUGGCGUGAAGAGGUAAGAAAUAAUCAUUAUUGCUACAAGGGAAAGCCUAGGCUAAAGACCGGUUAUGAACUUUUCAUGGCAAGCUUGGAUAUUGAAAACAAUCUUGACAAGGUUACUCUACCGUUCAUCAUAGUCCACGGUGGUGGUGAUGCUGUGACCGACCCAUCUGUAAGUGAGGCGCUGUAUACAUUAGCGGAGAGCAAGGAUAAGACACUAAAGUUGUACCCAGGGAUGUGCCAUGCUUUGACUUCUGGUGAACCUAAGGAGAACAUUGAUAUUGUGUUUUCAGACAUCAUCAAAUGGCUGAAUGAGAGGGUAUCAACUUCGUAACUUAAGAUGCUUACAGUUAACAUUAGAUCAGAUAGUGACUUUAGUGAAAACAAACAAACACGUACUAUACCGUCUUGUAUGUAAUGUCUUGUAUACAGCAGCUGUAACGAAAAUGUUGGAUAUCAAAUUGUUGAUGUGA